AAACAAAGAAGAACAACACCAGCUUACUGAAACUCUCCCAAACUCGAUGCCGUUCCCCGCCCGCCUCCCGCCCAAGGCCGCCGCCGCCGCCGCAGCAGCAGCAGCAGCUACUGCCGCGGCCGUGCUCGCAGCCGUCGCCGUCCGCCGCUACCUCUCCGCCCACUCAUCCCGCGCGGCCCCAUGCGCCGCGAGUAGGGGCAGCACCGCCGCCGCCGCCAGCGGUACCACCCUCCUCGUGUUCUCCGGCAAGUCCGCCCAGGACCAGCGGCUCCUCGCUUCCGCCGCCACUUCCCUCUCCCUAGAGGAUGGCGCCGAGCUCUCCGUAUCCCUCGCGUCCGACGCCGGCGGCGGGGAUGGCGAGGGCUUUGACGCGGCCGCCUACAUGGGCGCGCUCCGGGCGCUGCGAUUCGGGCGGUGGAUGCUCUGGUCGCCGCGGAUGGCCUCCACGCACGACCUCGUGGCGCAGAACUUCGCCAAGCUUCCGGUGGGCGUCGUGUGCGUCGCCGACGUGCAGUUCAAAGGCAGAGGACGAUCAAAGAAUGUGUGGGAAUCACCUCCGGGCUGUCUGAUGUUCUCGUUCACAUCGCAGAUGAAUGAUGCGCGUAAUCUGCCCCUUAUGCAGUAUGUCGUUUGCCUUGCCAUGACCGAAGCUAUCAAAGAGUUGUCCUCUGCUGAGGGCCUUUCAGAGCUAGAUGUAAGAAUAAAGUGGCCCAAUGAUCUAUAUCUAAAUGGGCUAAAAGUUGGUGGCAUUCUUUGUACAUCGUCCUAUGAAUUGAAAACCUAUAAUAUUUGUACUGGUAUCGGUUUAAAUGUCGAUAACAAGAAGCCUACAACAUGUUUGAAUGCCGCACUUCAAGAAUUAACUGUUAAUUCACCUGGACUGAAACGAGAAGACAUACUAGCAUCCUUCUUCAACAAAUUGGAAGUCCUUUUUGAGAUUUUCUCAAACCAAGGAUUUCAGGCUCUUGAGGAGCGAUACUACAACUCAUGGCUUCACAGUGGCCAAAGAGUCGUCGUACAGGAUGCAAGUGAAGGCCACUCCGUAGAGAGUUUGGUCACUAUUCGGGGACUAACACCAAGUGGUUAUUUAUAUGCUGACGGCGAUGAUGGAAAAAGCUAUGAGCUGCACCCUGAUGGUAACAGCUUUGAUUUCUUCGCAGGAUUGGUGAGGAGGAAGAUGGGAGCAUAAUACGGCGUCAGUAGACCAGUAGGUUGUGAAAUAGUAGAACACACUGUACAAGGGGAUGGAAGGUAGGUAGUUCAGAAUCCCAGAAUAUAGGUGAAUGGCACGGCAUGAAAAAAUGCUUCAAACAGCAAAACCAAUGAGGUAUUCACCUGCAUUCUAGUGUGUGCCUAAAACCAUGAGUGUUCCCCAGAGGAAUCGAAGUCCUGUUUUCAUGUCAGGUUUGAAACUGUUGGGCAUUAUUUGGAUGUUUGAGGAUUAGGUCUAAUCGGCCUUCAGGUGCGAAAGGAAAUUGAGGACUAAGCCAUCCGCGUAAGAUCGAAUGGGAGCCCAAACUUUUGAAACCAUGAGGGCUGAAACAAGGGAGUCAAAAUCACUAUGUGGAAGUUGUGGUCAUUUCUGAACGCUUGUGUGUUCAAGGACACUACACCAAGAUGCCCGGAGGCGGUGGACUCGAUCCUGCUCACGCCGGGAAAUGGAGCAAUGCCAGAGCUAAGUCUUGAUACAUUUUCUGUCUAUUUGUCCUUUUUUUUCCUUUUGGAUGGAUUCCUGGUUUCUCCUUUCGAGCUUUUGUAGAUUUUGGCACUUUUUUUUUAGGAAAGGAGCAUACGCCCCCGAUUUCAUUAGUGAAAUCACAGUUGUUCAGAUUCUGAACCUAGAGGUUCUUGACAAAAGUAAAAAUAAUUUUUGGCGCUAUUUC